AUGAAAUUAAAUAUAGACGGUUUACUUGUUUAUAUGCCAUAUGAUUUUAUUUAUCCUGAACAAUAUAAAUAUAUGCAUGCACUUAAACGUGGUCUUGAUCAUAAAGGUCAUUGUGUACUUGAAAUGCCAUCAGGAACUGGAAAAACUAUUACAUUAUUAUCACUUAUUAUUGCUUAUAUGAAACGUUAUCCUGAUCAAUAUAAUAAAUUAGUUUAUUGCAGUCGUACAGUACCAGAAAUAGAAAAAGUUAUGUCAGAAAUGAAACGUCUAAUUUCAUAUUAUGAAAAAGAAUUAAAUGAAAAACAAAAAUUUAUUGGUAUUGCAAUGAGUUCAAGAAAAAAUUUAUGUAUUCAUCCUGAAGUUAGUCAAUUACGUUUAGGUAAAGAAGUUGAUAGUGCAUGUAUGAAUUUAACAGCAUCAUAUAUACGUGAACAAUCUAAACAAGAUCGUUCAAUAAAGACAUGUUCUUAUUAUGAACAAUAUGAUAAAAAUGGACGAGAAGAAAGUAUUCCAUAUGGUGUUUAUAAUUUAGAAGAUAUGAAAUUAUAUGGUAAAGCAAAACAUUGGUGUCCUUAUUUUCUUGCACGUUAUAUAUUAACACAUGCAAAUGCUAUUGUUUAUUCUUAUCAUUAUUUAUUAGAUCCAAAAAUUGCUGAAAUUAUUUCAAAAGAAUUACCAAAAACAUCAAUAAUAGUUUUUGAUGAAGCACAUAAUAUUGAUAAUGUUUGUAUUGAUUCAAUGUCAAUAACAUUAACACGUAAAAUACUUGAACGUGCACAAGCAAAUGUUGAAAAUUUAAAAAUACUUGUACAAAAUCAAAAACAAAAAGAUGCAAGUCGUUUAAAAAAUGAAUAUGAAAAUCUUGUUAAAGGUCUUCGUGAACAAGCUAUACAACGUGAAACAGAUGUUAUUUUAACAAAUCCAAUAUUACCUGAACAUGUUUUACAAGAAAAUAUUCCAGGAAAUAUUCGACAAGCAGAACAUUUUCUUAUAUUUAUUAAACGAUUUUUAGAAUAUAUGAAAACAAGAAUGAAUAUUCAACAUGUUGUUAAAGAAUCACCACCGUCAUUUUUAAAAGAUUUACAAGUACGUGUUUGUAUUGAAAGAAAACCAUUAAGAUUUUGUUCAGAACGUUUACGUUCUCUAUUACGUACACUUGAAACACGUGAUAUACAUAUGUAUCAACCUUUAAUGUUACUUUGUAAUUUUGCAACAAUUAUUAGUACAUAUACAAAAGGUUUUACAUUAAUUAUUGAACCUUUUUUUGAUAGUAAAUCAACAGUUUAUAAUCCUGUUUUACAUUUUACUUGUCUUGAUUCAUCUAUUGCUAUUAAACCAGUUUUUGAUCGAUUUCAAUCGGUUAUUAUUACAUCAGGAACGCUUUCACCUAUUGAUAUGUAUCCAAAAAUUCUUUCAUUUACGCCAGCAGUUAUGGAAACAUUUACUAUGACAUUAACACGUCCAUGUAUUCUUCCGAUGAUAGUUACACGUGGCAAUGAUCAAAUAGCAAUAACAUCAAAAUUUGAAUUACGUGAAGACCAAUCUGUUAUUCGUAAUUAUGGUAUAUUACUUAUUGAAAUGUGUACUCAUGUACCUGAUGGCAUUGUUUGUUUUUUUACAUCAUAUAUUUAUAUGGAACAUGUUGUUGCAACUUGGCAUGAUUUAGGUAUAAUAGGACAAAUUCAAAAAUAUAAAUUAUUAUUUAUCGAAACACCCGAUAGUGUUGAAACAUCAUUAGCAUUAUAUAAUUAUCAAAAAGCUUGUGAUAAUGGUCGUGGUGCAGUUUUAUUAUCAGUUGCACGUGGUAAAGUUAGUGAAGGUGUUGAUUUUGAUAAUCAUCUUGGUCGAUGUGUUAUUAUGUUUGGUAUUCCUUAUGUUUAUACACAAUCACGCAUAUUACAAGCACGUCUUGAUUAUUUAAGAGAAAAUUUUCAUAUUCGUGAAAACGAUUUUUUAACAUUUGAUGCAAUGCGUCAUGCAGCACAAUGUGUUGGUCGUGUUUUACGUGGUAAAAGUGAUUAUGGUAUUAUGAUAUUUGCAGAUAAACGAUUUGUACGUUCGGAUAAACGGCAAAAGAUUCCAAAAUGGAUACAAGAAUAUUUAAGUGAUAGUUUAGCUAAUUUAUCUAUUGAAGAAUGUGUACAAAUAGUUAAAAAAUGGCUUAAAGAUAUGGCACAACCAUUAAGACAAGAAGAUCAAUUAGGAAUAUCAUUGUUAACAGAAGAACAUCUUCUAUCAAAUGAAGUUUUAAAAAAUCUUGAACAAAGUUCUUCUAAUGUGAAUUCUACAACAUCUACAACAACCAAAAUUCCAGAUACUAUUCGAAAUAGUGGUGAUGCCGGUGUCUAUGUAUCCGAGAAACUUGCAAAUGAAAAUCCUGAUUUACAUUACGGUAUUGUUAUUGAUUGUGGAAGUAGUGGAUCAAGACUUUAUAUUUAUAUUUGGCCCGAACAUUCCGGAAAACCAAACGAAUUAUUACAAAUUAAACAAUUACUUGAUAAUUUUGCUGCAAACACAAUUCCAUCCGUUAAACAUAUUGAUACACCUUUAUAUAUUCUUGCAACGGCUGGUCUUCGUUUUUUAACACCGAAUCAGCAAAAACAAUUACUUGAAGAUUUAUUUAAUGAUAUUGAACGUGAUUAUAAAUUUUUAAUUGAAAAAACACAUAUUCAAGUUAUAUCUGGUCAACUCGAAGGUAUUUAUAGUUGGAUAGCUAUUAAUUAUGUACUUGGCCGUUUUCAAAAUACUAAUACUGAAUCAAAAUCGGUAACUAAUGAUAAUUCGAACUUGAAUUCUAAAAGACGACCAACCACUGUCGGUGUUCUUGAUAUGGGUGGCGCUUCAGCACAAAUAGCUUUCGAAGUUUCAAAAACUACACCAAUAGUAGGCAAAGAAGUAGCAGAAUUUUCUUUAGGCUAUGAUGAACAUCAGGAGGCAUUGAAAUAUAAAAUCUAUGUUACAACAUUUCUUGGUUAUGGUGCAAAUAAAGCAUAUGAGAAAUAUAUUGAUCGAAUUAUUUCAAUUGGUCUUAAUUCGUCAACAUCAGAUUCUCCUUAUAUUCGAAUCGAUGAUGCUGAUUGUUUACCUCGUGGUUAUUCAACAAAUUAUACAAGAAACAAUAAAACAAUAAUAAUGACAGGUGAAGGAGAUUUUGCAAAUUGUACAAAACAUUUAGUUAUGUUACUUAAUUUAAAUGCAACAUGCCUAAACAAACCAUGCUCAUUAAAUGGAAUUUAUCAACCACAAAUAAAUUAUGACUCACAAGAUUUUUAUGGAUUUUCAGAAUUUUGGUAUACAAUGCAAGAUAUUUUAAAACUUGGUGGUCCAUAUACACGAUUAGCGUUUCUUAAUGCAUCAACAAAGUUUUGCAAUGCAAAUUGGAACGAUAUUCGACAAUGGUACGACGAGAAAUCGCAUCCAAAUAUCAAUUUAGAUCGUUUAAUUUUACAAUGUUUUAAAUCUGCAUGGCUAUACGCGUUUCUUCAUGAUGGUUUGAAAUUUCCAAUGAAUUAUCAACGUUUACGUUCAGCUUCACUUGUUAAUAACAAUGAUGUUCAAUGGACACUCGGUGCUAUACUUUAUAGAACUCGAUUUUUUCCAUUGCAAGCAAUUAGUCGAACGAAAAACACCAUGUUUAAUCAUGAAUCAUAUAUAAAUUCAAGAAUAUUUAUUGUAAUAUGUAUGACAUUAACAAUAUUUUUACUCAUAUUUGCUGCACAGAAAAUUCGGUCAUUCAUGUCUCGUCGUAAAUAUUAUCAUUCAUCGUCUAAUAUAUUUAAUUAUCGUUAUCAGCUGUUAACGUUAUCGGCUGUUGACGAAUAA